GGAAGCGGUUCUUUGUGGAAAUCCACUGGGUGAGAACAUCAAACUUAAAAGCUUCUUUAUCAGCAGGAGGAUGUCGGUGCCGCGGACGCUGGGUGAGCUGCAGCUGUACCGUGUGCUGCAGAGGGCCAACCUGCUCAUGUACUACGACACCUUCAUCCAGCAGGGCGGCGACGACGUACAGCAGCUAUGCGAGGCCGGAGAGGAGGAAUUCCUUGAGAUUAUGGCCCUGGUCGGCAUGGCCACGAAGCCUUUACACGUGCGACGCUUACAGAAAGCCUUGCGUGACUGGGCUGCCAAUCCUGCCAUCUUCAACCAGCCCAUGACGUCCACCCUGUCCCCCGGAGGCAUCCCACUUCUUAAGAUUGACAGCAUUGUUGGCUCGAGGAAGUCUUUAAGCAAUGGCCAGCCGGCGUCCCCUUGUGACCGGGACGAUCACGGAGCUUGUCUGACUCCGCUCCGAGAGAACGGCAGUCCCAGGAGUCCAUGCUCUCAGGCGUCUCCGCUUCCUCCAGAUCAUCUUUACAGGGACAAACUGUCCCCCAUGGAGCCUCACUGGCUCAGUCCCGAAUUAGAUGGAACCGCAGGAGCAGAGGAAGACCAGCCCAGCCCACCUUUGCCUCUUUUAGUGCAUUCCAGGCCCGUCGGUCCCUCGACGCCUCCCACGUCUUCUUCUUCGUCCACGGCGUCCUCUCCCUGGCCCGGAGGACAGCUGGACGCAGACACGGCGAAGGCGGUGGGGGAAAGUGUAGAACGAUUGUUCAGGACGGUGCCGCACACGGACACAUCCGAGGUCAAAAGUCUCCUCAGGCUGAAUAAGAAGAUGGCCAAGACGGUGGGUCACAUUUUUAACAUGGAGCCGCACGACCAGAGCAAAGAGGAGGAGAUUCGCAAGUACAGCCUCAUCUACGGCCGCUUCGACUCCAAGAGGCGCGAGGGCAAGCAGCUCACCUAUCACGAGAUGAUCAUCAAUGAAGCGGCUGCUCAGUUCUGCAUACGAGACAACGCCCUGUUAUUAAGACGAGUGGAACUCUUCUCGCUGGCACGACAAGUGGCGCGGGAAUGUGCCUACACCUCGACACUGAAACACAGCAGGACCAACCCCGAGGACAGCACCACUAACUCCACAGACGGCAGCGCUCUCAAAAGAAUCAAACUCGAGGUCCCCGAUGCAGACGGCGUCAAUCUGACGCGUGGCUCCAGAGGUUCGGAGUCAGGGAUCCACACCAGUCUCAGGUCGGCGGCCGACGACGACAGCCUGUCGGGAGAGAGUCUGGACAGCCUGAGCCACGAUGUAGGCCAUCAGUCGCUUUCCUCGUCGUCCCCCCGUCCCCUCGCCGACACUGUUGGUCCUGUCACUUGGAGUCGCCAGCUCAUGCAGCAAACGCUCAUGGACGAGGGCCUACGAUUGGCUAGAAUGGUGUCGCGGGACCACGCGAGCAAAGUCAGCCUAGGGUCAGAGACGAGACAGACUUCAGAGCUGGAGGGUCGAGUAUCAGAGAGACGGGGUGUAAAUGCAACCCAUCGGAACAUCAGUCCUGCCAAAGAUGAUCCGUAUUAAAAGACCACCAGCAGCACUAGCAGGAACCUGCAGAACUCAGGGCUCAAAGAUCUCCAACUCUCCAGAGAUGCUCACAUCUGAUAUCCAAAAACUGUAGUGGAAGGUCCUACGUCAGAAUGAUCUAGUUGUAUGAUUCAGCGAGUGACUGGUGUGUAGUAUUAAUCAGAUCAGGUCCAUGUUCAGCACAGUUUGAUGAAUUUACUCAUCACUGUGGGUUGAGUCUCACUGGCUGCUCUAAAUUGCCCCCAUGUGGAUUGAGUAAGUAAAUGUGUAAUGUGUUCUGGUGUGUUGAUGUGUAUUCCUGCCUUACAACUUUUAGGGUGGAGCUGAACCCAGUGCGACCCUGAUUUAGAUUAAUCGAUAAAAUAAAUUACUGAAAGGAUAAGUGAAGCAUGUCAUAAGGCACACAUGUACCAUAGACCAAUCCAUCACAGGGCAUCGUAUACUCCUUCACUUACACCUAGAUGUAGUUUAGCCAGUUCUUCAUCCAGGUCCUCAGGGCUGGUGUUGUGCGUCACCCACUUCUACCAGCAGCGACACCUUAACGCCAGGAGCAAAUCAGAUCUGCAAAUAUUCUGAAAUAGCUCAUUCCCCCUUUUAGUCAUAGCCAUCUGUGCAGCCAUCGGUGGUUGACAUCCCUGCUGAACAUGAUGAUAAAUUGAGUUGAAUUGAGUUCUAGAAUAAAAGAAUCACAGAUCUGUGCUGAAUUCUGGAUAUAAAAGAUCAGCAAGAGGGAUUUUUUGUGUAAAUAAUACCAAACUCACUUCGCUAACACCAACCACUAAGUGUAGGUGUGUUUCAGUCUCCUGAUGGAACACGUUCAUGACGCAGACUGUGUAGAAUUAGGUUGUGACGUGAUAACUGAAGCACUUUUAAACCCCGUGUCGUCGUGGAUCACAUGAACAUUAACACUAAUAUUACUGAACCUUUACGGACGACGCAUUUCUGAGCUGUGCUAAAGCUUUCAGACGUUCGUUUGUGUGCUGUUUGAAAAUUAAAUGCAGAAAAUGAUCCAGAUUAAAAUCCCUUAAUGUUAUGAUGAUAGGUCUGUCCACUAAUGUACCUCCUGUAGUAGAAAUCAUUGUCAUACUGUCAU